AUGCAAAGGUCAUGGCAGCAGGUGUUGGACAAGGAGGUGAACCUUUAUGUGGCUCAGGAGUCCGCGGAUGAUAAGUCCGAUUCUAUUCUACAUCAAGUCCAGAGUCAACUCAAUGAUCAACAGACAGAGAAAGAGCGUCUAAAACAACAACAAAUGGAUUUCCGGAAGAAUGAGACACAACACCGAAAACAGCUGAAGAUGUGGACCGACUUGAAGACACUGUUGGCUAUUAAACAGCGGUGUCUGACGAGGGAUAGGGAGAGGAAUGCCAUCAACGAGUACGCCAUCAACAGUAGACCCGACCAUCUGGUGCUGUGAGGGGUCAGCCAUCACCAGUUGCCACAAUCAGUUA